UUGAAAUCACUGUAAUGAAAAAUCUCAAUGUCGAUCCAGAAGCGCUAGACAUAGGCCAUGGAGAGAAUUCACGAAACGAAGCAAGUAGUGGUAAUAACGGUUAUCUUUUCAGGAAGAGGAUGCGAAGCUUCGCUCGCUCCAAAUACGCUGACAUAUGUUUGAAGGUGAUCUUCGCCCUCCUGUCCAUCCCCUGGUUUAUCUCCAUAAUAUUCUUCUCCAUAUUCGACACGAAAUGCAUUGUCUUCGAGCAAGCUUCGGUGAUAAAUUGCUCCCAAGAUUUCUUUAUCGCGAAUCCCAGACACUGGGUGUUUGCAUGGCUCAUAAUAUCCAUCAUAGCUUCGUUGCUGUUCAUCGCCAUCGUUUGCUUGAAUCACAAGAAGAUGAACUACCAAACCGAGAAAGCGAAGAGUAUUUACAAAAAGGGAUACUUUGGAUCGUUCAUAUUUUUGCUCCUGACAUCACUUGUCUAUUAUAUCAUCCGAAUUCACACCACCAGAUCAGAGACGACCAGCACUCUUAUUUCAAUCGUUGUGUUUCUCUGGAUGCCCGUCAUUGUGUUGAUCAUUUGCUGUCUGAAUUACUUACCUCGCGUACACUGGGCGAAAACGAUGAACGCAACCCGUUUCUCGAUCGUUUGGUGGAAAGAUUGCCUCGGUAAAAAUUCAAAUUUUUUCAUUUAUUGGCUGGCUCUUUUUGUUUACUUUAUUGAAAUAACGACUAAAGUGAUGGCCAUAAUGCUUGAUGUCGCGCACGAGGUGGCACCCCUGAUUCAAAACAAGUUCCCAGAUGAA